AUGCCUUCGUUGAUUGAACUACUAUACAAAUUUGACACUUACCUCACGAGUCAACUAGGGGCAAAUUCAUUCACAUCGAAUUUGUUGAUUACUCCAACGUCAAAAUUUAUUACUGAAAUUCUUGUCUUGACAUUUAUUGGGCUAUUGAGUUAUGAGGUCGUUUACUGGAGUGGCAUCUAUUUGGGAUUAUGGGAAUAUCAUGCCAAGGAUGUAUUUACCGAGGUGCCGAUCCAUUGCGCUCACGUCAAUAUCCGAUUGAAUAUCAUUGAUAGAUCUAGUGAAUCGCAAUUGAAAGAGUAUUACGACAUCAAAAACAAAUCAAGGUACCACAAUUUUCUCUAUUGGAAACAAUUGAAUGAUUUGAAUGAAGGAUUGUUUAAAUUGAACAAGUUUGUCAAGUAUUAUUUCGAGUUUAGUCCGGAUGAUUUCGAAAUGAACAAGGAACCGGAAUUUGGGUCCACGAUUUUGCACUUGAGAACCAAGAUAUUGAAACUAUUUAAUGAGUCGGAACUUUAUAGAAACUAUGAAAAAGCUAGCAUUGAGCCGAAUGAUGUCAAGAUAUUCAAUAACCAAAACAAGGAGGUACCGAUUGAAGAAAACGAAAACUACUUGAGUAAGUGCAAUAUUGAGACGGGCAACACUAUUGAUGCCAUUGUUAUAUUAUGA